AAAAAAGGAGUCGCCCAUUUCUCUCUUUUUUUUUUCUUUGACAACAUCGAGAGAGAAGAAGAAAAAAAAAAAAAUGAGAGAGAUCCUUCACAUCCAAGGUGGUCAAUGUGGAAACCAGAUCGGAGCAAAGUUCUGGGAAGUGAUCUGCGACGAACACGGCAUUGAUCACACCGGUCAAUACGUAGGCGAUUCUCCGUUACAGCUUGAACGUAUCGAUGUGUAUUUCAACGAAGCUAGCGGUGGGAAAUACGUUCCUCGCGCUGUUCUUAUGGAUCUGGAGCCUGGUACCAUGGAUUCCCUCAGAUCUGGUCCCUUUGGUCAGAUUUUUCGUCCUGAUAACUUCGUCUUUGGCCAGUCCGGUGCUGGUAACAACUGGGCCAAAGGUCAUUAUACCGAAGGUGCUGAGUUGAUUGAUUCCGUUCUCGAUGUUGUCAGGAAGGAGGCUGAGAACAGCGAUUGUCUUCAAGGUUUCCAAGUGUGUCAUUCGUUGGGUGGAGGAACCGGAUCUGGAAUGGGAACUCUUUUGAUUUCUAAAAUUAGAGAAGAGUAUCCAGAUCGUAUGAUGAUGACCUUUUCAGUGUUUCCUUCUCCUAAGGUCUCUGACACUGUUGUUGAGCCAUACAAUGCUACUCUCUCUGUGCAUCAGCUUGUUGAGAACGCUGACGAGUGUAUGGUUUUGGACAAUGAGGCUCUUUACGAUAUCUGUUUCCGUACCUUGAAGCUUGCUAACCCUACCUUUGGUGAUCUUAACCACCUCAUCUCUGCUACAAUGAGUGGUGUUACUUGCUGUCUUCGUUUCCCUGGUCAGCUAAACUCUGACCUUAGGAAGCUUGCUGUGAACCUCAUCCCCUUCCCUAGGCUUCACUUCUUUAUGGUUGGUUUCGCUCCAUUGACAUCGAGAGGAUCACAGCAAUACAGUGCCUUGAGUGUCCCUGAACUGACCCAGCAGAUGUGGGAUGCUAAGAACAUGAUGUGCGCUGCUGACCCUCGUCACGGACGUUACUUGACUGCAUCCGCUGUGUUCCGUGGAAAGCUGAGCACCAAAGAGGUUGAUGAGCAGAUGAUGAACAUCCAGAACAAAAACUCAUCAUACUUUGUUGAAUGGAUCCCAAACAACGUCAAGUCCAGUGUCUGUGAUAUUGCACCAAAGGGUUUGAAAAUGGCGUCCACUUUCAUUGGUAACUCAACUUCAAUCCAGGAGAUGUUCAGGCGUGUGAGUGAGCAGUUCACAGCUAUGUUCAGGAGAAAGGCUUUCCUUCAUUGGUACACAGGAGAAGGCAUGGACGAGAUGGAGUUCACUGAAGCAGAGAGCAACAUGAAUGAUCUUGUCGCAGAGUACCAGCAGUACCAAGAUGCUACAGCCGGAGAAGAGGAGUACGAGGAGGAAGAAGAGGAGUACGAGACUUAAGAUGUUGUCUAAUGGCUCCCUUGGAUUCGUAAGCUGUGUAAGCAAGCAGCAUUCUCUUUCUUCUCUUUCCCUCAACCCUGAAUUUUUUUCCGUAAUAUCUCUUUAUUUCGUUCAUGUGUGUUCCUUCUGUUAUUGAAACCCAUUCUCGUUCUGGAUUUGUUUAACUUUUGCGUGUAUUGCUUAUUGUUUUUGUCAGUGGAAAAAUAUUGCUUUUGUUCUUUCAA